AUGUCAACUAUAGCAGACGACAAGAAAGGGCCAAAGUGGGUUGUAGAAGGGUCACACGGUCGUAAUGAUGAACUCAGCCUGCUUAACAAGAUUGCCGAAGGGGAAUCUUCAGCUUGUGUCUUGCUGGAAGGACGCGAUGGGUCCGGGAAAACUGCGCUGGUAAAUUCAGUGAAUUGGACAGACAAAGAAUGGGUUUUUGUCAAUGAAAAAUUUGAGCGACAUCUAAGUUCAGAGCCGUACUCUGCAUUGACUAGAGCCGUGGAUGAGCUCGUUGAAAUAUGGUGCAUAAACAAUGAGAAGUCUCCUGACACGUGCAAGAUGAGUGGGCUCCUGGAACUGUUAGAAAAGGACAUGGACCUGUUGCAAAAUGUAAUCCCAGGGCUCUUUAGAGUCAUCGAUAAGUUCACUCAAGAUAUGAAGUUUUCCAGAUCGGAAACUCAGCUUCAAGCCGACUUUCAGAGUUACAUUGCCAGAUCUGUGAAAAGAUCCGCAAGGAUUGACGAGCUCUCAAGUUCUCGUCGCCAACGAGGGCAACUUGGAGACGACAGAAUGGGGGGAGACCCAGCAGCCAUUGCUUCGUCAUUUAUGAGACUCUUUUCGUUUUUGGCAUCCACGAAACGCAUCGUCCUUGCCUUCGACGACGUUCACUACGCAGACGCUGCGUCGAUGGAAAUUUUCAAGCUCAUGGCACGUACUGCUUCCAACAACAACCGUACUAAGUACAGCAACGGUCAGAUACUCUUAGUGCUAACCUACUCAGACUUACUGGAACAAAACAAGUUUGCGAUCAUGACCGUCAAAAAGAUCAAGACCUUCCAGUCGAAUGUACACUCCUUGUUCCUAAACAGUUGGGAUAUCGAUGCUGUCAACGAGCUGGUUGCAUCAUUGGUCAAAGCCGAAAUAGAGGAAUCUCUUCCCCUUUCAAAAGUGAUUCACAAGAAAACAGGAGGGAAUCCGUUUGCAGUAUGUCAGUUCCUACGUUUUGGGCGCGAGAAUGGACAUUUUAAGUUUUCCUCCCUCACUUACAAGUGGGAAUGGGAAGACGUCGAGAUCCUGGACCAGUAUGCUCCCGUAUCAGAUAAUGUUGCUGAUAUGCUAGCUGCGUCAAUGUGUAAGCUGAGCCUUGCCACUAGAUAUGCGCUGAAGGUGGCAUCAUGUUUGGGGUAUGUUAUUCCAAAGGAUGUUCUAGUAAUAUACUUUGCCGAGUCCGCUAAAGCAAAGGAUUGGGGUCUGGACGAGGAAGGAUUCGUCGAACAUCUCGAAGUUGCUACAAAGGCUGGCAUUCUCGUCAAAUCGACGACAGAAGGCGCAUAUAUGUGGUCCAAUGACCUGUUGCAACAGGCUACAUAUGACCAAAUGCCAGCAAGUAUGCAGAACGAGCUACACGGGAAACUUGGCCGGAUCAUAUGGGAAUUGGGUCGGAUUCGCGACAAAGAGUGGAUGAUAUUUAUGGCAGCAGAUCAAAUGAACAAGUUUGAAUGUGACUCCUCUUUAGGCAAUGAAGUGGCCGAGCUGAACUUGCAAGCAGCAACUCUUUCGUUGAACAAGGGUGCAAUAUACCCAGCCUUGGAACUCUUGUUGAAUGCAGAGAAGCACAUGGAACCAGCCGAUCGAUGGAACAAUUCUUAUGAGUUGACUCUUGAUCUCUUGACGACAUUGGCUGACACCAAACUCCGUGUUGGUGCGACUCAAACUGCCAUGGAAAUCGCCCUUGAAAUCGUUCAGAAUGCGAAGACGCACGGCGAUACAUUCCCAGCGCAUAUCAUCAUGCUGCAGUGUGUCGUUUCUGGAAAUGAUCGGAAUUACGAUAAGGGUGUUGAGAGAACUCUAUUGCUCCUGAAGUAUUAUGGUGACAAACAUAUCUGGAAGUUUUUUCCUGGUCAGGAGACUGUGGAGAAGGCACGGCUGAAGGCGAAGUUGAAGAAGCUGCUCCCGAAUGGGCAUGUGAAUGGUCUUCUGGACCUUUCAGAAAUGGUCGACAAGGGAGCGCUGAGAAUACAAACGUUGCUCGUGAACCAUCUAGCCGUGUACGCUGCCUACAGCCCAACAUACAAAUCGCUAAGCUGGUUUGCAAGUGCCCGUGCGUUGAAGGGUACUUGUAAGCAAGGCAUCAGUCCAGUCACAAAUCUUGCUGUGAUCCAAAUGGCGACCCAUUUGAGAGUUGAUGGGCAUUAUAAGUCAGCUUCAAAGUAUGCGGAGGUGGCUCUGACGCUGACUGAAAGUCUACCACGCAAGCUUGGAUCAGAUCAUGGACAGGUGCGGCUGACUGCAUGUACAAGCGUUCUCAGUGCUGUACGAUCCUUCAAUAAUUGCCUAAAUGAGUUGAUGGAAUGCCGCUCAGACUUUCUGAGAGCUGGGCUUGCGAGAGAAUCCAUUGGGGUGGCCAUCGACUAUACAAUUACGUAUCUAUGCGUCGGCCUUUCUCUUGAAUCAGCAAAGUCCGACUUGGUAGCACACACAGAGGACGCCAUACACUAUGGCUGCCCAUAUUUUGUUGAACAAAAGAUGAUGAGUCUUCAUCAAACGAUUCUGAACCUUACUGACGAUGUCGAAAACCCAACUUUUCUGCACGGUGAGGUUAUGGAUCAAGACGACGAACUUGAAAAGGUCGAAGGGCUUGGUGCUCUGCGCAUCCGGCUUGGUAUGGACGCGUGUCGGCUGAUGCUGUGUUGUGUCUUUGGUGAUUGGGACGCUGCCGGGGCUUUGAUUGAAGACUUGGAAGAAUACAUGGAUGAAAGAGAUGGCUUUCUAAUGCGGGAUCAUUUCCGUCGGUGCUAUUUGGGAUUAGCUGCCUUUGCCUUGAGUAGGGAGACAAAGGAUUCAAAACUUCGAAAGAAGUAUUUGACGGAAGGGAAGAAGAUGCUCAAAUCGUUUAUUAAAGAAAUGAAGCACGGAUCCGUGAAUGCGUUUCCUAUUGUUGCCAUGUUGGAAGCGGAGAAAAACCCUUCGAAGCAGAGCUAUGACAAGGCAAUCACGGCCUGUGCGCGACUUGGAUUGGUUCACCACGAAGCGUAUAUGUGCGAACGAGCAGCCGAAAUGUUCCUCGCAGAAGACGACAAAGACUGGUGCAAGUAUUACAUCAGACAAGCGAUCCUUUUGUAUGGGGAAUGGGGUGCAACAGGCAAGGUGAACCGGCUGACUAAAGAUUACAAGGAGAUCCUAGGGGGAGACUCAAUACCUGAAUCGGUGAAUACAUCAUUGCAAAGUCGCUGUCGAUAUUCAUCGAAACAGCUUGCCUCGCUGCGAACGAUUGAUUGGCAAAAUUUCAGCAAAUCAGAGCAGUCAGACAGUAACUUCAGCUUUCUUAGCUCCAGGUCCUUCGAUGUUUCACUGACUUCUUCAACGCCGUCUUGA